AUGCCAACCCAUCAAAGGCGCCACCGAUAUUCCGCCCGUUCCGACCCGGAAAAAGAGCUCCCAACCGCGGUGGCAGAAGACGAAGUAGCAGCCGGGUUCCCAGUAAAAACUAGUCUAAUUCCCACUUCCGGCAUUAUGGGAAGCGGGCCUAAUCCCGAUGAUCAGCGUCGUCCCUGGAAGAAUUACAGAGUCAUCAGUGGCCGUAUGGGUUGGGUAAGAUCCGUUGCGGUUGACCCGGGUAAUUCCUGGUUCUGUACCGGGUCAGCAGAUAGGACGAUCAAGAUUUGGGAUUUGGCCAGCGGGAGGCUAAAGCUGACAUUAACAGGCACAUUGGUCAAAACCCAUACUCACAUGUUCUCUACUGGUGAUGAUAAACAGGUUAAAUGUUGGGAUUUGGAAACAAACAAAGUCAUCCGGUCUUAUCACGGCCACCUGAGCGGCGUUCAAUGUCUGGAACUUCAUCCGGCUAUGGAUGGAAUUGUUGUCACCGGUGGCCGUGAUUCUGUUUGUCGGGUUUGGGAUAUUAAAAGUAAGAUUCAAAUCUUUACCCUUUCAGGACACGAAGAUACUGUUUGCUCUGUUUUUGGUCCGCCAAUGGCUCCGCAAUUGAUUGUGACUGGAUUACAAGAUAAAACUAUCAAGAUUUGGGAUAUAAGGAAGAAUGGUAAGGCCAUGUCUGAUAACAUUAAGAAGUUCAGUCUUCCUGGAGGAGGAUUCAUGCAUAAUAUGCUCCCCUCGCAACAGGGGACCAUCAUCAACGCCGUCGCGGUGAAUGGAGACGGUACUGUUUUGGCUUCGGGAGGUGACGAUGGAAGUUUGUGGUUUUGGGAUUGGAAAAGUGGCUCAUCAGCUGUGAAGCAGAUAAGACUAUCAAGAUGUGGAAAGCAGACUGAUCUGCGACGCCUGAGAAAUCAUCCCGGACUUUCUUUCAAGCCACCUUGA